AUGAUUUUUAUACUGCAACUCUGGCGUCUGGAGUGCGAUUGGGACGACCCGUUGGAUGAAUCACUACAAGAAGUUUGGAAGGAAUACAAGCAAAAUCUGGUGGCUUUAGAAUCGUUAUCAGUUCCUCGUUGGAUUGGCUGCAGUAAUGAUUGGUCCGAAGUUCAACUACACGGAUUUUGCGUUGCAUCAGAGGUCGCAUAUGGAGCCUGUCUCUACCUUCGUUGCACGGAUUUACAUGGAACAAUCACAACACGUCUCAUUACGUCCAAGUCCAGAGUAGCAGCACUGGAAAAUCUGAAGACCAAGAAAAAGAAAAUAUCCAUUCCUCGAUUGGAACUGUCAUCGGCCGUUCUGCUAAGUCAUCUGUUCGAGAAGUUCGCCCGAAUCGCACCUGUUAAGUCGGCCUAUUUCUGGACAAGCUCGAUGAUAUUCCAGCACUGGUUGGCAUCACAGCCAACACGUUGGCAAGUGUUCGUAGCAAAGCGAGUGUCGGAAAUUCAGCAUCUCACCAAGGACGGAAUUUGGAACCACGUGCCGGGAAUUGAAAAUCCCGCAGACCUGAUUUCUCGAGAGAUGUCACCAGCUCAACUAUAA